UAUCCCGCUCAUUUAGCCCGCCUGAAAGUAAAAAAAAGAGCCCACGUUCGUCAUUCAUACGAAAGUCACAGCCGCGGCAACAUUAUUGCUGUUAAACUCAAGAGAACAUAAUCAGUAUUUAAACAAUAAACCACAGUCAACAUGUUCGAGGCACGCCUGGGUCAAGCAACCAUCCUAAAGAAGAUCUUAGAUGCCAUCAAGGAUCUGCUCAAUGAGGCAACCUUCGAUUGCAGCGACUCCGGAAUUCAGCUGCAGGCCAUGGACAACUCCCAUGUGUCCCUCGUCUCGCUGACCCUGCGUUCCGAUGGCUUCGACAAGUUCCGCUGCGACCGCAAUCUCUCCAUGGGCAUGAAUCUGGGCAGCAUGGCCAAGAUUCUUAAGUGCGCCAACAACGAGGACAACGUGACGAUGAAGGCGCAGGAUAACGCCGACACCGUCACCAUCAUGUUCGAGUCGGCCAACCAGGAGAAGGUCUCCGACUACGAGAUGAAGCUGAUGAACCUCGACCAGGAGCACCUGGGCAUCCCAGAGACAGACUUCUCGUGCGUGGUCCGCAUGCCCGCCAUGGAGUUCGCACGCAUCUGCCGCGAUCUGGCGCAGUUCAGCGAAUCCGUUGUGAUCUGCUGCACCAAGGAGGGCGUCAAGUUCUCGGCCAGCGGCGAUGUGGGCACCGCCAACAUUAAGCUAGCCCAAACCGGCUCUGUCGACAAGGAGGAGGAGGCGGUGAUCAUCGAGAUGCAAGAGCCUGUGACGCUGACGUUUGCCUGUCGUUACCUGAACGCCUUCACAAAGGCGACGCCAUUGUCCACCCAGGUGCAGCUGUCGAUGUGCGCUGAUGUCCCGCUGGUAGUCGAGUAUGCGAUCAAAGAUCUGGGUCACAUUCGCUACUACCUGGCACCCAAGAUCGAGGACAACGAGACAUAAGUCAGCUGUGUUUCUCACGUUUAUGUUCCCGCAUCGUCACCACUCAUCCUCCCACGUACAAUUCAUUCCUAACUUUUAAGUAACUCCGCAUUUUUUGAUCAAUAAAAGCUAUAUUGUGUAAUGUUAA